AUGGCUUCGGAUAAUCCCUACGCCAGCAAACUGACCGACUCUACUACGGAAGUCGAGCUCUCCCGAAUGGACCAGUUUGAAGACGGUUUAUCCACGCGAUACGCCGGCAAGACCGUGGAGGAAACCGUGCGAGAACUGGACACAGAUGCGCGCAAGGGGCUGUGCAAUCAGAACGAUAUUGUGUACCGGCGAUCUGUUCACGGAGUCAACGAGAUGGUGAACGAAGAAGAGGAGUCUCUGUUUAUCAAAUUUGUGUCGACCUUCUACGGCGAUCCGAUGAUCCUGCUGCUGAUCGGAUCUGCUGGCAUUAGUUUUUACAUGGGCAAUCUGGACGACGCCAUCAGUAUCACUGCCGCUGUGUUGAUCGUUGUGACUGUCGGGUUUGUCCAGGAGUACCGUUCGGAGAAGAGUUUGGAGGCACUGAACAGGCUCGUUCCAGAACAGGCGCAUCUGACGAGAAACGGCACCACAGAGACGGUGAUGGCCUCAACGCUGGUUCCGGGCGACCUGGUGCAUUUCCAGGUCGGUGACCGGAUCCCUGCGGACGUCAGACUCACAGAGGCUGUCCACCUGACCAUUGACGAAAGCAAUCUCACCGGUGAGACGAAUCCGAUCUCCAAGAAUCUGGACGUGGUGACCAAACCUAUGCCUAGCAUUGGAGAGAGAACCAACAUCGCGUUCAUGGGAACGCUGGUCAGAGACGGCCACGGGUCAGGAAUCGUCAUUGCCACGAGUCACAAGACUGCUCUUGGCGGGGUGCACUCUAUGCUGUCGUCUAUCGAGAAGCCCAAGACGCCGCUGCAGAACGCGAUGGGCAAGUUGGGCCAACAGCUCUCUUUUUUCAGUUUUGCGAUUAUUGGCACCAUUGGUAUCAUUGGCGUGAUUGAAGGCCGGUCGUGGCUCGACAUGUUCCAAAUCAGUGUCAGUCUGGCUGUUGCUGCUAUUCCGGAAGGUCUGCCAAUCAUCGUCGCCGUGACUCUUGCGCUGGGCGUGCUCAGAAUGGCUAAACAGCGCGCAAUCGUCAAGAAGCUGCCCAGCGUCGAGACCCUGGGCUCGGUCAACGUCAUCUGCUCGGACAAAACAGGAACUCUGACACAAAACCACAUGACUAUCAGCAAGGUCUGGACCGUCGACAUGAAAACGUCCUACGUGAACCUGGAAAAAAAAGACGUGUCUGCUAGCCUGACCAAAGACGUGAAAUGCAUGCUCGAGACGGGAAACCUGUGCAACAACGCCAAGUACUCGGUCGAAAAGGAGAAAUAUCUUGGCAACCCUACCGACAUCGCUAUCAUUGAGUCUCUGUCCAAGUUUGGAAUGGAAGAUCUGCGAAAUACGAGAGUCCGCUCGAAUGAGUUGCCGUUCAGCUCUAGCCGCAAAUAUAUGGCGAUCUCGUCGCACUUUGGUGACAAGGCCAAGAGCGAGACGUUUGCAAAAGGUGCUAUCGAAAAAAUUGUGGGAAUGUCUAAAAGGUACUACACGAGGGACGGUGAGAUCAAACCGCUCACAGAGGAGGUGACAAAACUAAUCUUCAAGAUGGCCGACGAGCUGGCCUGCGACGGGCUGCGUGUGCUUGGAUUUGCCAGAAACUCAAAGGCCUUCGACAAGGAGCCGUCCGACCUUGUUUUCUGCGGCCUCAUGGGAAUGAACGACCCACCUCGUCCGCAGGUGAGCCAGGCGAUUGCCUCGCUCAUCAGAGGAGGCGUCCACGUGAUCAUGAUCACGGGCGACAGCGAGGUCACUGCAACCAACAUCGCGCGCAAGAUCGGCAUGCCGCUGAGCGACCCGGAGCGCAGCGUCCUUAACGGAGAGAAGAUCGACUCGAUGUCUGAGGAGGACCUGGCGGACGCAAUCCAGUCCGUGUCUGUGUUUGCCAGAACGACUCCAGAACACAAGGUGUCCAUUGUCCGUGCGUUGCAAAUGCGCGGCGACAUUGUGGCCAUGACCGGAGACGGCGUGAAUGACGCUCCUGCGCUCAAGCUUGCCGACAUUGGAAUUGCCAUGGGUAAAAACGGCACAGAUGUUGCCAAGGAGGCUGCAGACAUGGUUUUGACCGACGACGACUUCAGCACGAUUCUGCACGCCAUAAGAGAAGGAAAGGGCAUUUUCAACAACAUCCAGAACUUUCUCACAUUCCAGCUGUCGACCUCUGUGGCUGCUCUUUCUCUGAUUGCCGUUUCCACGCUCUUCAACCUGCCUAAUCCUCUCAACGCCAUGCAGAUCCUAUGGAUCAACAUUCUAAUGGACGGUCCUCCUGCACAGUCGCUCGGUGUCGAGCCUGUGGACCAGGAGGUCAUGAACAAGCCACCUAGACCAAGGUCCGAGAGGAUCCUGACCGCUGCUGUGUUAAAAAGAGUCUUGGGCGCCGCUUUCUGCAUCAUUGUUGGAACCAUGUACGUCUACGUCCGGGAAAUGAAGGAUUCUGUCACGAGACGUGACACCACGAUGACGUUCACGUGCUUUGUUCUCUUUGACAUGUUCAAUGCUCUCUCGUGCCGUUCGUACACCAAGUCUGUGUUCCAGCUCGGCCUUAGAAACUCCAUGUUCAAUUAUGCCGUUGGCGGCUCGCUACUCGGCCAGCUGUGUGCCAUCUACGUGCCGUUCUUCCAGUCGAUUUUCCAAACCGAGGCGCUCAGCUUCAGCGACCUCGCAGACCUCGUCAUGAUCGCUAGUUCCGUCUGGAUCGUGGACGAGGUCCGCAAGUACCUCAGACGCAGAAAGGCGGGUUACGCGUAUGGUUACUCGACGUCUGUCUAG